CAAGUGUUAACAAAAAAAAGAGCGGUUUCUCAGAGCAAAAGGGGAAGUUGCCACCCCAUACUUAUUUCUAUUAGAUAUAUGUAUGUACAGUAGAGACGAAUACUUUAGAGGAAGAGCGGUCUCUGGAGCAGGACCAAACGGAGCAAAGACGGUGCCUCAGGACCACGGAGUCAUCCGAAGGGAAGACUGAGAGAGAAAGCAAUGAACCCACAAGGAGGAAAGGCGUUUGGAGUGCUGAAAGCCCAACAAGAAGAAUUUCUGGACUCCCUUAAUAAGGAAUUCUUGGAUGACCCAAAAUACAGCACCGACGAAGAGCUGGCCGAAAAAUUAGAAAUAUUUAAGAAGAAAUACAUGGAAUUCGACCUCAAUGCACAAGGUGAUAUAGAUAUCAUGGCCCUGAAGCGUAUGUUGGAAAGGAUGGGUGCAGCCAAGACCCACUUAGAACUGAAAAAGAUGAUCACUGAGGUGACAGGAGGGAUGAGUGAAACCAUCUCCUACCGAGACUUUGUUCGUAUGAUGCUGGGCAAGCGAUCAGCCAUCUUCAAAAUAAUUCUGAUGUAUGAAGAAAAAGCCAAAGAGAAGGAUGAAAAACCAUCUGGCCCCCCUCCAAAGAAAAUACUUGCAGACCUUCCAUAAAUACAUCCAAGUUCAAAGAAAAGAAGAGUUUAGUUUUCUUGGUUACAACUCCUAGAAUUCUCUAGCUAGUAGAAUGGGAACUAUGUUUCUCACCUCUGAAAGUUCCAACAGCAGAACAAGAAUUUAGGGAGGGGGGGAAAUCCCUAAACUAUAUCAAGAAAUAUUAUUUUUGUAAGGAAAGUAAAAUAAUGUAGAAUGACACCCCAAAGGUUUCUAUAUUUCCUAAUUGAUUUUAAUAUAAACCAAUUAAUUUAGUUCUUCGGCUCCUCACAAGGGACACCUUAAGACAGUAGUUUCCAACCUUGGGGCUCCAGAUGUUCAUGGACUACAACUCCCAGAAGCCUUCACCACCACCUCUGCUGGCCAGGAUUUCUGGGAGUUGAUGUCCAAGAACAUCUGGAGGCCCAGGGUUGGGGACCACUGCCUUAAGACUCUCAAAAUAUGCACAGCCACAAACUCACCAUCUUUCUCUACGGUUUUUUUGGAAAGUUUUACAGAACCAGUGAAGAGCCACAAGACUGGAUGCAGGCAAAGGUUGUUCACGCCUUCAAAAGAGGAGGUGGGGAAGGGGAUCCAGACACCUAAUGAGAGAUUGGCAUCACACGAAUACCUGUCAAAAGUCUAGAACAGAAAUGAGGAACAUGUGGCCUUCCAGAGUCUGUUGGCCCAGAACUCCCAUUUUCCAUAGGUAGCAUAGCCAAUAGUGACGGACAACGGGAGGUACAGUCUACAUUUUUGAGGGCCUCACAUUUAUCAUGUAACUAAGCAAUCACUCUGUGGGAAUAAAUGCUGUGAUUUCAGCAAGCCAGCAUGGUUUCCAAGGGAGCAAAUCA